GCAUUAUUUCAAUGUUAACGUCUUAAUUUUCUUUUCAUUAACGACUGUGAUAAUUAUUCUAGAUUUAUAAAAACAACCAGCAUUAAACCAAGGCCAUUAGUGGCAUUACCCUCCUGGGCGACAGAGGGCGAUAGCAUAUGUGGACAACCCAAGUAUGGAUAAGAGUUAAGGACAUCCGGAAGUUAGAAGAAAUCGCUGCUGAGGCGUAUCACGGUGAGUUUCAAUGUCACAGUUGGUUUACACAGUUUUGUGCGUCGAAUCGUGUUACAUCAUCUAAAAAACAUCGUCUAUUAAUAAAAAAUUCAUUCCAGAUCAACUCGGCUGCAAACAUGGGCUUACACUUUGGUGACCUGGCCAAGGUCAGACAUGUUAUAACAUACAGCAUCUCACCGUUUGAACAGAGGGCUUUCCCCCACUACUUUUCCAAAGGACUCCCCAAUGUUUGGAGACGGUUUAGAUCCUCUGUCUUCAAAAUUGGCCCCCCCAUGAUGGCCGUUCUCCUGACAUACUACUGGGGCAACUUUAUCCAUGAAAAGAACAAAAAGAAGAAUCUUGCAGACUACGAGAAUGACGAAUAAACUCCACAGUCACCUAAGAAAGCUGUUCAGUUCAAAACUCUGUUAAUAAAAAUGAAAAAUAUUUAUGAAA